CUGCGCAGGCGCCCCAGCGUCGCGAUUGAGAACAUGGCGCCGGCGGCCCGGAAGCUGGUGCUGACCGAGGAGAUGGUCCGGGCGAAGAGCGGCCUGGCGCCUCACCGGGACCUGGCUGAGCUUCAGUCCUUAUCUAUUCCUGGAACUUACCAAGAGAAGAUUACUCACCUAGGAAAUUCUUUGAUGAAUUUAGCAGGUCUGAAAUCUUUAGAUCUCUCUCGCAACUCCUUGGUUAGCCUGGAGGGCAUCCAGUACCUAACUGGGCUGCAGAGUCUCAGCCUCUACUACAACUGCAUUUCCUCGCUGGCGGAAGUCUUCCGGCUCCACCCCCUAACUGAGCUCGUAGACGUGGACUUCCGGCUGAACCCUGUUGUGAAGAACGAGUCCGAUUACCGCCUCUUUGUUGUGCGCCUGCUCCCCAAGCUCCGACAGCUGGACGACCGUCCUGUGAGAGAGAGUGAGAGGAAGGCUUCCCAGCUGCAUUUCACUUCGGAGGACUCACCCGGCUCAGGGGAAAGCAUCCCUGCCGCUCUGAAAGUUGGAAGACCUCGCCACCCUAGAGCCAUGGGCACCGACUCCUCAGCCAGGACGUGCUCGGCCAUGGACGCGGACGAUGAGGCGGUCCUGAACCUCAUUGCUGAGUGCGAGUGGGACUUGCGCAAUCCUCCUGGGAGCGCAGGCUCCGGCCAGCAGGAGCAUGAGGACGACAUGCGCAGUUCCCAAGAAUCCAGACAUCCGCUGAGCCCUCGAUCGGUGCGGCACCAGUGUGGGGACUCCGGGCAGCAGGGCCAGGAGAGGAGGAGCCGCCCCCGAGGCUGCUGGGUGGAGAAGCAGCCGCCACAGCGUGGAGCUGCGCCGGAGGGUCACUGUACCUGCGGGCCACACGCCCACUUCCCCCCACACCCAGACCCCAUGGAUGUUGAGGACUCAGCCUCUUCUCAGAAGUCAAGUUUGUCAGGACAGAAGGUGCUUCGUCCUUUGCCUGGCCCUGAAAAGCACAGGAAGCGAAGAAUGCCUGGUGGGAGAUUCCAGGGGCCCUUGAACCAGGACUGUCUGAGCUGCCUGGAGAGGACUGACAGGCCCUCCAGCCCCACGGAGAGUCUGAGCAGACAGAACGGCUCAGAAGGCAGGAGCGAGAGGACCUUUUCAUCGGGAACAGAAGAGCAGCGGUCUCAGGGCUCAACCAAUGCCAGAGAGUUGUCACUCAAAUUGCGCUCAGCAGCUCUGCCCAGGGAGAAGGCUGCCCUGGAGGUGGUGGUCCUGGAGGCGCUCCUAGACCUGGUGGACAAGUACUGGCAUGGCUGCAGGUCGCUGCAGAGCAAUGAGGUAUUCCUCGCUCAGGCAAGACACAUUCUGUCCUCUGUUCAAGAAUUUACAGCAGCUCAGGACAAUUCAGUGGUUGUGAAUGAAGAAGUCGGCUACCUGACUCUUGAGAACGAGUCUCUGCAAAGUCACCUUGCCAGCCAGCAGCAGUGGUACACCGCCAAGAUGGGCGAGGUGACGGCAGAGCUCAGCCGCACUCGGAAGGAGAUGGAUGACUUGAGACAACAUUUAGAUAAAUCUUUGGAGGAGAAUAGUAGCUUGAAAUCUCUUUUGUUCAGCAUGAAAAAAGAAGUUAAAAACGCAGAUGCUUCAGCUACAUUAAGUUUGCAGAUCACUGGACUUCAAACAAGUGUGAAGAGGCUCUCUGAUGAGAUUGUGGAGUUAAAGCAGCACCUGGAGCACUAUGACAAGAUCCAGGAGCUCACCCAGAUGCUACAGGAGAGCCACAGCUCUCUGGUCAGCACCAAUGAGCACCUGCUGCAGGAGCUGAGCCAGGGACGGGCGCGGCACAGGGCAGAAGUGGAGCACAUGCACUGGAGCUACCAGGAGCUCAAGAAGACCAUGGCCCUGCAUCCCCACAACGACACCAGCCUUGGCGGCUGCCUAUCCUGACUCCUGUGGAGAAGUUACGUGGUUUGUACCUGUGUGUUUCUUCCUAGUGUAUUUGCUGGUGAGCACUGUCUCUUCUGUGUGUAAUUAUUGCUGAUUUUUGAAAUGUAUGGGGGUUUGUAGCCCUGUUUUCUAAAUAAUAGGAUUAAUCCAAGACCUUUGUGUAUUUUGAGACAAAACACACUGACAAAUUUUGAGAAAACAGACCAUAAUGUUUCAUCAAAUAUCCUAAGAUGAAGUAAAUGCGGUGUUUUUCUGCCUAAUGUAAAAGAGAGCUGUGUGUGUCAAAGAAAGUAAUUUUUGUGUAACAAGCAAUUCUUAUCCAAUGUAAUGCAUUGUUUUGAAAAGCUAA